GGAUGAAAAAUCGUUACAAUAGCUAUAUUUUGCCUAUAUAAGUGUACAUUCCAAUUUCUCUCACUCACUCCAUUUUUCCACCAAACACAUUUACAUUUCCACAACAUUAAUAACAUCCAACACCCUCAAAUAUCUAACGAAAAAAAGGGGAAAAAAAAUGUUACUAAGGAGUUCAUCAACCCCUAUUUUAAAAUCAUGGAUUCCACCUUACUACACCAACCCCAACUCUUCUCCUACCAACAUCAACGAACCAACACUUACACCACCAUGUCUUUCUAGAACAACCUCCAUCUCCACCCAUUCGCCGCCGUCUACCCCGCCUUCUCCCACCACCAACACUAACCAUUCGACACGAGCUUCAUCUUGCACCCUCUUUGAUCACCGCGACUUCUCCGACCAACCCUACCCUAAAUCGAAACCUUUAUGUAGGCUAUUCUCUAGCUUGGGUAUCGACGAGGCGGUGCCUGUGGCGGAGGAUGGUGGCGGUGUUGUAUGUAGUGGUGAUGGAAAAGGGACGGACGGUGGGGAUUGGUAUGGUGGUGGUGGGUCCGGGUUUAACGGUUACUCGUAUUAUAGUGGUAAUAGUAAUGGUCCUGGAAAUAUUGAGGCGUAUUAUAAGAAGAUGAUUAAGGCUCACCCUGGAAAUCCCCUGUUACUUGGUAACUAUGCCAGGUUUUUGAAAGAUGUGCGUGGAAAUUUAGCCAAGGCAGAAGAAUAUUGUGAAAGAGCAAUUUUGAAUAGCCCAAGAGACGCAAACACGCUAGCCUUGUAUGCUCAUAUCAUUUGGCAGCAUCGGAGGGAUUCUCGACAAGCAGAGACCUACUUUGAUCAAGCUAUAAAGGCUGCUCCCGAUGAUUGUUAUGUUCUAGCAUCAUAUGCAAAUUUCCUAUGGAAUGUGGACGAGGAAGAAGACCAAGACAAAGUUGGAACUCCAAGAUCGUCGCCACCACAUUACACAGAAGGAACUUCUCGUCUCUCUCCUUUGACCAAAACCUAAACGUACCAGAACACGCGGUGAUUUUAAGUUAAUGAUAAUGAAGCAUGUAAUUUGUGACGGAGGGAGCAUUGGAGUAGACUAACAUCGUCCCAAAACAUAAUAGAGAUAAUGUUAUGUUACGAUAACAAAUCAGUUACAUGCUUCAAUUGACUUAUCUUUAUGUAGAAAAUAAUACCAAGUAUGUACGUUUACUACUGCACAAAAUUUUAUAUAAGGCAG